AAGGAAGAAGUUUCCAAGAGCCAGCAGCUGGCAGAUCCGCUAUCGUCGGACGAGGCUGUUAUGCCACACCCACGGUGAUAGCAAGGCGAUCGGCAUCAUCCGCUUGGUGGCGGUGGACGCUACGGCUGGUUGCAAAAGACGCCCACGAACCUGCAGUUCGGCAGUGGCGCUCACUGAGCGCGCAACUCAAAGAUAUCUGCUCUUGCAGGGCGACGGAUGAGAGCGACCUGGAUGAGAAAGACGAAACCAAGAGGAAGUCGCGAAAUCUCAGCGAAAAGAAGCGGCGCGACCAGUUCAACAUGCUCAUCAAUGAGCUCUGCUCCAUGGUCUCCACGAGUUCCAGAAAGAUGGACAAAUCCACUGUGCUCCGUGCCACCAUUGCUUUUCUCAGAGCACACAACGAUGUGUCCGUUCAAAACCAGGAUCAAGAAAGCCAGGAAAACUGGAAGCCCUCGUUUCUGUCGAACGAGGAAUUCACGCACCUAAUGCUCGAGUCACUCGAGGGCUUCUUACUCGUACUGUCGCUCAGCGGUCAAAUACUGUACACGUCGGAGAGCGUGGCAUCUCUACUCGGCUACCUGCCUCAUGAACUGCAUAAUAUUUUUAUCCUGGACAUUCUGCACGAAAGUAACCACGGUGCCAUGUGCGAAGUGCUCAGUUCUGCAUCUUCACAAGGAGCUGGCAUAAUGCGUCAAGACGGCCCCCAGGAAACGUACGUAAGUGUGGAUCUCUACAUGAAAAGAGGGAACCUUGGUUCAACAGACUCAAGUGUGAUAUACGAGCCCAUGAAUCUCAAAGGAACAUUCCUAACUGCGGUGGGAGAAGGCUUUCCUCUGGGCGGUUUGGAGUACGACUCGAACAGCUGUAGCAGCGCUUGCUCUCCCAACACUGGUUCGGCUGAACAGCAGGCGCCCUGCCUGGUGGCCAUGGUGCGCCUGCAGACGCCGCAGCUCAUGCACGAGCUCAUCCUUUGCGACGGCUCGAGGAACGAGUUCAGCUCUCGACACAGCCUCGAGUGGAAGUUCCUCUUCUUGGACCACAGAGCCCCUCCCAUAAUCGGUUACCUGCCGUUCGAGGUUCUCGGAACUUCCGGAUACGACUACUACCACGUGGAGGACCUCGAGAAAGUUGCGGCGGGUCAAGAGGCCUUGAUGCAGACAGGCGAAGGCACGUCCUGCCACUACCGCUUCCUGACCAAGGGCCAGCAGUGGAUCUGGUUGCAGACGCGCUACUACAUCACCUACCACCAGUGGAGCUCCAAGCCGGAAUUCGUCGUAUGCACCAACACCGUCAUGAGCUACGACGAGGACUUGACGCACAGCAAGGCGGCGCCCACCAGCGGUGCAUCGGCGUCGUACUCGCGGACGUCGGUGCCGAAUCGCACGUCUUACCAGAGCUCGCGGGUCUCCUCCGCGCCUUCGGUCAGCUCCAGGGACAGCCUGUCUCCCAACCUGUCCGAGAAGUCCGGAUGCGCCGGCGGGGUGAUGCGGGACGAACGCAGCAGCGGCGCCGGAAGCUGCGGAAACCAGCUGUCGCUGCCGUUCACCGAGGCGUGCACGAUCACGCGCGAGUCUCCGGCGACGGGGGGACGACUGGUGUCGCUCGCCUCCUCGGAGCCGAGCUCGUCGCGGCUGCAGCACGAGCCGAUGGACCAGCGGCCGCCCUACCAGACCACCACCGCGUGCCGUGCGCCGCUGAUCACGCUCACCGCGCUGCAGCCCAUCGCGGCCACCUUUGCCGGGUCCGGCCACUGCGGCACGGCUGCUGCGGCGGCGGCGGUGCAGGUUCUGCAACCGGGGAGCUUCUCGGCGUGCCUGGAGAACGACUCACACAUCAGCACGAGACCCGUGCACUCACAGCCGCAGGGGCAGGUGUCGCCCCAGUCGCAGCAGCAGCAGUCGGCCGGUGGACAACAACACCAGCAGCAGCAGCCGCAGCAGGACCAUUUCCAGGAUUACCUUCGGCGCAGGCACCAGGCGCUGCAGCAACAGAUCCUCAGGCAGCAGGAGGAAUUGCGCCGGGUCUCCGAGCAGCUAAUGCUCGUGCACUUCAUCAACCCCAACCUGACGGCCACUGUGACGAGCGCCAACGCUCCGCUUUUCACGCUGUCCCUGCCGACGACGACGCUGUCGGUACCAACGUCGACGAUCGCCGGACCGACGGGUGCGUUGACGCCGGCACCCUAUUUGCUGGCUACGGCUCCCGCCGGCUGUACGGACAACUCCUCCCGGAGGGACUCGAUGCACCACACGCAGAGCCAGCAGCUACAGCACCAGCAACAGACGCUGCAAGAGCAGCAGCAGCAACAGCAGCAGGACCGCCAAAGUUCGGGCUUUUUGGGAACCGUUCCUCAGGGAUAUGUUGCUCCGGUGUACCCGCUCCAGCUGCCCACGGACCAAAUGAUAUUCACUUCAAAUUUUAACGCCGCAUCGAAUAUUUACAUGGACGCCAGCGGCACCGGUAGUGGCGAACACUAAGGACGAGUUGCUUCGUGGUGCCACAUGAAAACAGGAGCAUUCUCUGCGCUUACUUAAAGAUUAGCGCAUUUAAUUAAUCCGACAAUUGGUCUUGUAUUUCAGAAGGUGACCGAGAACAGCAUUUCAUAGGUCACUGCAGCUAACAGGUCUGGUAACUACGAGUAAUGCAUGUCGGCACGAAAUGAGAGGCCAUGCAGUGAUAUGCCCAGUAGGCUGACGCUGACGUCGAAGUGCAAUGAGAAUUUGCACUUUUUAUAUUUUUCUAUGUAGAUAUGCCGGUAUUAACCAUACAACCUUGCGCCAUGCGUUUUUUUUUUGUGCGUACGACACGUGAAAUGUAAAUAUUAUUGCUUUCUUUUACAUAAUCCUUAUUAUGUCAUUACGGCCCCUAAACGUUUCUGGAUGAUUUCCUGUUUCCUGAGCCAUCAUUUGCUGGCUGCUAUUGAAUGAAUAAAUUGUUACCAGUGUCGUCCCUGUAA